CUCUCAAAGGAAAUCGAGGUUGGUGGUAGCAGGAAAGCCAUCAUCAUCUUUGUGCCUGUGCCCCAGCUGAAGUCCUUCCAGAAGAUCCAGGUGAGGCUCGUGCGUGAGCUGGAGAAGAAAUUCAGCGGCAAGCAUGUGGUAUUCAUCGCACAGAGAAGAAUCCUGCCUAAACCCACAAGGAAAAGCCGCACAAAAAACAAGCAGAAGCGCCCCAGGAGCCGAACUCUGACUAACGUGCAUGACGCUAUCCUUGAGGACCUGGUCUUUCCCAGUGAGAUUGUUGGCAAAAGGAUUCGCGUGAAACUGGACAGCAGCAGGCUCAUCAAGGUCCACCUUGACAAGGCACAGCAAAACAAUGUUGAACACAAAGUUGAGACCUUCUCUGGUGUCUACAAGAAGCUCACAGGCAAGGAUGUGAUAUUUGAAUUCCCAGAGUUCCAACUGUAAAGCGCAGAUGACAAAAUAAAUUUGUUUACUGUCA